AUGAGCGCGCCACAAAAGCGCACUCCGCAAGGUGCUCCGCAGUGUUUGAGCGGCGUCGGGGCGCUUGAAUUGAUCGAACAUGACCCAAGACCGACAUUCGUGAUCGACACCAAGGCCACUUCCGAGAAAGGAUUUCCCGUGCCGUCUUACUGGAAUUCCGCCUUUGCAGACUUCGAUUCUGAGGAGACUCUAGAUGCGUUGCUAGAGCUUGCGGCUAAGCCAAAUGCUACUUCCGCAGUGAAAGGUUUCGCGGAGUUCAAAGACUGGCUCGCCGAUAUUCAAGAAAGCGCGGCCGGAUCGUACACUUUUUGCGACUACGUCUGGAUCAAGAUAACGAUUUCGAAGCAAUGGACUGUGGUCAGUCGAUUAUUCACCAACAAUGCUGCAAUCACCUGCAAGCCCACGUACAGCAAGCCAGAGGGUACCCUGUUGAAGGUUCCCUCACGGUCCAAGACUACGAGUUUCGAUUGGACAUACGAUGCGCCUCCAGACAGAAUGACAAGUCAUAUCGCAUGGGCUCGCAGCAUCGACUGGGCCAGCACCGCCUUGGGGUCUAUGGGCGAGUGGUCAUCACAGCUCAGAAGUGUCGCCACUCUCGUUAUGCAGGAUGCACGGCCUGCGGUUGUAUUCUGUGGCCCAGACCUUAUCAUGAUCUACAAUGAACCAUACAUCGAGCUGCUGGGGGGAUUCCAUCCAUGCAUGGGAAUUAGUGCUCGCGUCGCACUUGAAUCAGUUUGGUCACAUUACUUUGAGCCUUUGAUAAAACGGAAUCUCGCAGGCGAAACGGUGGAAGGAGCAAACAAUCCUAUUCAGAUGGAACGUAGCGGGUUUAUGGAAGAGUCGUACUUUUCAUGGAGUUUUAUACCCAUUUUCGAUGAUCAAGGCAGGACCAUCGCUCACUAUGAACCCCUUAUAGAAACAACCAGGGAGGUUGUUGCAGAGCGACGAGCACAUACCAUCCUGCAGCUCAGCGAGGAGGUCCCACGAGCACGCAACUUGAAUUCCUACUGGCACAUCGCGACGGACGUUUUAUCUCGCAACACCAAAGACAUACCAUUCGCACUCUUAUACUCGGUCGAAGCCAUGAUCGAAUCCAGCUCCUGUUCUAGUGCGACAGGACAGAUUGAUGGAGACCAGGAUUGUACACUACGCGGUGCCUUUGGAUUACCAAAAGAUUCUCCUGUUGCCGUUGCAAAGCUUGACUUCCAUCAAAAUGAAGGAUUUAUGCCUUUUUUCCGAGAGGCGAUGGCUACGCGUGGUACAACUACAGUGGACCUAACAGAAGGCUCUCCAGUAUACGAACUUGUGCGUGGGGUAGAUUGGAAGGGAUACGGAGACCCCUGCCGGGGAGCUGUAAUCUGUCCGAUAACUCCGACUUCUUCCAAAGAUAACAUCUUGGGUUACAUGGUCCUCGGACUCAAUCCUCGCCGUCCCUACGAUGAGGAUUACCGACAUUUCAUCAUGGUUGCGAGUCGUUUGAUCUCUACCUCUUUGACUUCUAUACUACUACACGAAGAGGACAUACAUCGCCGAGAGCGUGCGAUCGAGAAUGCAGAGAUCAUGAAAGGUGAGCUUAGACGGCAACUCAUCGCAAGCCAAAAGGAAGUCGAGCGGAGUGCCAUGAAGUUUCAGCGCUUUGCUGAGCGCGCCGAUGUUGGUAUCUUCAUUGUUGGUCUAGAUGGCAUAUAUUCUUAUCGCAAUGAUGCGUGGUGGAGGAUACUGGAUCCCGAUUCCCUACACCGUGAUGUAGAGCUCACCGAAUCUUGGGGAGCACUCAUCGACGACGAGUACAUUGAAUCUGGUCAAGAAAAGUUCAAGACCUUGAUUGCAACGAAACAGCAUCAGUAG